UCGACCAACAUCAAAACCGCCUUCGCCUCUCUCUCUCUCUCGCUCGGUCGCUCGCUCGCCGCCGCUUCGCGCUUGCUGGCCGACUGCGCACCAAACCAUUCAAGAUUAGGGUUUCGCUCGCCUCUUGCUCGGAGUCUGUUUGAUUUCAGCCGACUGUCUGUUGAUCUCUCUUAGUGUGUGAUUGCAAGGCUCCAGAGAAAAGGCGAUGCCGUCGAUUCAGACUGCACUGCCUCCCGAGCUUGCUGACAACGUGAUCAGGUUGUAUCGAGAAUGCCUGCGGAGGGCGAAAUAUAUUGGCCAUCAGCGACACAACACUGAGGCUGUUGUUGGAAUGGUGAGGCAGCAAUUUAGGAAACACAUGCACGAAACUGAUCCUGAAAAAAUACAGAAGCUGAAGGAUGACGCUGCUAGGGGCCUUAUCAAUCACAUGCUCUAUGAGGCAGAAAAGAUGACAGGUCAUAAGUUGGCUGGUUCCAAAUGAUUUCCCUGAUAAUAUAUGUAAUAAAUCAGUGACCAAUUUUGAACUAGCUGCGCUCUGUCUUAUUGGCCUCAUGCUGUCUUGUUCGAUUAGUUUGCUGUAAAAGCACGUUUGGUGCUUAGUCCUUGUAUCUCUGAUUUUUGGGAGGGUUAUUUUUUCAAAUAGUGUUGGUGCCACUGGAAAUUUGAAGUAAUUCCUGUGACCCUAUGUUUUUUAUCCCCCAUACAUCAGAUAUACCUUUAAGAACAUCUUAAUCAUUUUCUUUGGCUAGCUUGAAUCAAUUUAUAAUCUGAGACUCCAA